GAAAAAUAUUUAAAGGUGAUGAUAAAACAAGACGUAGCAAUAACGGCCAAAGACGAAGACGACUAAAGACAGUGGCAAACUGGAAAAGUUUAAGCGUUAUCUUUGGAACUGAGCGGAACCUUCUAAAAAGCCCGUUGGAAUGGCAUCUCUGUUGGUAAAAAUCUUGUGUGUAGUUUGCAUGUAUGGCUUCGGGCCACUCAACAGCAAUUUUGUGCAUGGAGCAACGGACUCGUCCUUGGCUUGGGACAUUCGAAUCCGUGAGACGCUGAACAAGCUUCAAACCAGACCAUGUUGGGGCCGUUCGAGAGGAUCUCAGUGCGAUGACUCCAUGAUUGUCGGUAUGGAUACGCGCAAAAUGAGACUGUUUAUUGCACAAGGCCAGAAAAAGUCCAGCCUAAGAGUUGUACUACCAGACAGAAGACAGCGGCGUCUGACUUCACGUUCCCACCGGAAUGACUCCUACGACGCGGUCUUUGUGCUUGAUCCGUAUCCCGACACAAACUUCGGCCAUGUUGUGUUCAUUUUUCUGGUGGACUUUGAUAUGAAUCAGACUGUUUGUCGCAACAUGAAUGGUGUUCCUGUUAAUACUGGACGGGAAGAAUGCAUCAGGAGAGCAGAAAAGGUACACUGCAAAAACCGUAUUGCCCACAGACAAGUUAAGUGUGAAAUCAAUUUUAUACCGCUGGUAUAUUCUGUGAACGACGGAAAACGUAAACAGCUUCUCCAUUGCCAUGGAAGUCUAAGUACGCGCCAAUUUGCACGCUGUGGAAAACGUGAUGAUCAGAACGAACUUUCACCGCCUUGCAGUGGCAAUUCUGCGCAUAGAUGUUCGAUUGGAAAUCGUCCCAAAUCUCAGGAUUUUUGCUUUCAUACCACUUGUGACCAUGCCGUGUUGGUGUCCGGUGGCUGGAAUCCGGACACGAACCACCCACGAUAUCGCCAAAAUCUUCAUCAAAUGUGGAAACUGCUACACUCCGAAAUGCAUUACAAGCCGGAAAAAAUAGUCACUUUCUUUGGCCAGGGUCAGAAAAGUGAACUUCACGAUAGACAAAGAGACAACUCUUUCUUCGCAAGAAAUCCAACAGGGGUCAAAGAGUACAUCAAGAAGCUUUGUGGAUCUCGUAAUUGUGCAGAUUCCAUCACACUCUAUCUCACUGGGCCGUCGACUAGCGAUGGCGCUCUUCUGUUCCACGACAACGGGGACGGCAUCACCGAUGAUUCUGAGCUAUACACGCCAAAACAACUUCUAGAAGACGUGAAAAACUGCACUGCAACAAGACUCUUUAUCGUGGCUGAUUACAGCUAUUCUGGUGCCAUGGUUAACAGAAUUACCAGCAGAAUGCGCCGACAUCCUGAUCAAUUUAAGAAUUUGGUGGCUACUUCUUCUGGCUCUUGGGAUGAAUACUCGUGGAGGAGUGAGUUUACUGAGGCGUUUGUGAGACACAAUAAAGAAGGAAGGAGAACGAAAUGCGUGGCAGAUGUUUUCGAGGAAAUCAAACAAGAAUUUCACACGAAGGGCGCGUUGUCCACUCCGCUUAAGACGCCAAGAGAUGGGGGUAGAUCCAACACCACUUACACCACGCUAAGUGGGAGAAGAUGCAAUGAAACGCGGCUUACAGCGAAAUUUUCCAGACCUUGCCAACUGAUACCGAUCGAUAAAUUGCUACAAAAGCCAGACCCGAAUGGUAAUAAUUGAACGUUUAUGGCUCUUAAAAUAGCUGUAAAUAUGAUAGACGAUGUAAAAGCUCUCAUGAUAAAAUAAGAGAUGGCGUAGGUGGAUAAGAUAGAUUUUUGGGAUGCUUACAUAUUUAUUACCAAUCUUUAAACAAAAAAGGAUCGAUUUGAGAGUUUCCUUCUUACAAUUAAGUGUCAGGUGUACUUGCAUAAAAUGCUUCACUAGUUGGAAAAAAAAACCCCAGAAAAACAGCAGUUAGAAUGUAUUUUCUUUCUGUCAAAAUAUUUCGCCCGGUCGAGCGAAUAUCGUUGAUUAAGCCCUAUAUAUUGAUCACGCAAAGUAGGUUUUGAUAAGUGUCUAAUAUAGUCACACUAUAAUGUUUUAAUGUACAAAGUAAAAAGAGUUUAAUUUUUUUUUUUAAAUCUUUAGCUAAGGUAAAGUAGAUCGACGAAAGCUUGUAGUAUAGGUAUGCAUUAAGAGGAGAGGUAAAACUAAGCUAACCAGAUAGAAAAUUCAUCCCGAAACAAAGUAAUGCUGUGAAACCUUUUCUGCAGGACACAGUACAGGUAUAUGUCUUCUGUGUUGGAGUCAUCAUUAGUUCGCAAUUUUACGGUGUAAAAUGCCUAAGUAUGCGGUUUGUAGGCCCGCAAGGAAUGUAAUUUAUGUAUCUUAGAAUAGCGGUUAUUUGUCUUCAACUCAGUGACGAUUUAUAUUGAGCUGCUACGAUAAAAAGGACAAAUAUUGGUGAUUAGGUAUUGUCAGAAACAAGGAUAUUUUGCUCGUAUUUCUGCCUUAAGGCGGAAAAAUGUUACUCAACCAUGAAAAACGUGCGCAAUUUGCGACGUUUUCUUCUAAGCUACACAAACAAUAUGAGUAGAUUCGGCAGGUAAGAUGAAGAAAGACGCAUAUUUGGACUUGAAGAUACAGGGCGUCUUCCCUUGGGGAAAGGGCCUUGAAUAUUCUCGAUAUAGAACAGUACAACUAUUUUUCAUCUUGACGAAAACAACUUGACGGUGUUGGCGACUGCGUCAUAAGUUAAUAGUCUAAAGAUCUCUGUAAAUAACAGGAACUUCUACAUUGUUUGAGAGUGUUACUCUAGAGAUCCACUCGAAGCUUCUCAGACGCUGCUCUAAAAUGGCUCGGAGCAGCCAGUCUCCUUUCGUCAGUCAUGUGAAGAGUAAAAUGGCGAACUGCCAUAAAAACUAGAUACGAAUGAAACGUAUCGUAUAUAAACAUACCUAGUGUUACCCUAGUCUAGUUCAAUAAGCCGGACUUAUAUUAAACAGAAAUUCGUCUUUUCAAGAAAUUCAUUACAGUGCUAACCAAAUGCUUAGAUUAUAGCGAGAAGGGGUAAGGUUUUCUCUUUCUCAUAGAAAAGACAUUGGUCCUUAGCAAAGAAGCCCUACUUGAGAUGUCUAUAAAACGAUACUUAUGUUACGACAAACGGUCUGAGUUACCGGAAGGUUCUCUUGUCAUAAUCUUCAAGAGUUCGCUGAAGCAAUAUAACAUGUAAAACACAAGAAAACGGCUUCUACGGAAUAGCAGUUAAUUUUAACGGAGCAGUUUGCUCCUUCCUUAUCGCAUUUCGCUUUAGAUUAAAGUAGAAUUUAUAACUGUACUUUAAGCAGUGUAGAAUACUAGGAUACUAGAGAUUGUAAGCGAUGUAAACAAUGUAAAUAUAUGACUAAACAAAAAACGUUAGAAUU